AUGGUGCGGAAUGUGGACGACCUGGACUUCCAGCUGCCCUCGCACGCCCAGGACAUGCUGGACGGCCUGCAGCAGCUUCGCUCUCUGCCCAAGCUGGCCGACGUCACCCUGCUGGUGGGCGGCCGGGAGCUGCCUUGCCACCGCAGCCUGCUGGCGCUCAGCAGCCCCUACUUCCACGCCAUGUUUUCUGGUGACUUCGCUGAGAGCUUCUCUGCUCGUGUGGAGCUACCUGACGUGGAGCCGGCCGUGGUGGGACAGCUGCUGGACUUCGUGUACACGGGUCGGCUGACCAUCACGCAGACCAACGUGGAGGCCCUGACGCGCACGGCCUCCCGCCUCCACUUCCCUGCCGUGCAGAAGGUCUGUGGCCGCUACCUCCAACAGCAGCUGGAUGCCACCAACUGCCUGGGCAUCUGCGAGUUCGGGGAGCAGCAGGGGCUGCUGGGGGUGGCCGCCAAGGCCUGGGCCUUCCUGAGGGAGAACUUUGAGGCCGUGGCCCAGGAGGACGAGUUCCUGCAGCUGUCCCGAGAACGGUUGGCUGCCUGUCUGGCCAGUGACCUGCUGCAGAUGCAGCCGGAGCAGAGCCGGCUAGAGGCCCUGCUGCGCUGGGUGCGCCAUGACGCCCAGGCCCGGGCUGCCCACCUGCCCGAGCUGCUCAGCCUCGUGCACCUGGACGCUGUGCCCAGGCCCUGCAUGCAGCAGCUGCUGGCCACGGAGCCGCUGAUCCAGGAGUCAGAGGCCUGCCAGGAGGCUCUGUCCCAGGGCCACAGUGGGGUGAUGCUGGGCCUCCCGCAGAAGAUCGAGGAGGUGCUGGUGGUAGUGGGCGGGCGGGCACUGGAGGAGGACGAGGGUGGUGAGGAGCCCACUCCUCAGCCUGGGAACUUCGCCUUCUACAACACCAAGGCCCGGAGGUGGAUGGCUCUCCCGGACUUCCCUGACUACCACAAGUGGGGCUUCUCCCUGGCAGCACUCAACAACGACGUCUAUGUCACAGGUGGCUCCCGGGGCUCCAAGACAGAUACCUGGUCAACCACCCAGGCCUGGUGCUUCCCGCUGAAGGAGGCAGCCUGGAAGCCCGUGGCACCCAUGCUGAAGGCCCGUACCAACCACGCCAGCGCCGCGCUCAACGGGGAGAUCUACGCCAUUGGCGGCACUGCCCUGGGUGUGGUGGAGGUGGAGAGCUACGACCCCUACACGGACAGCUGGACGCCCGUCAGCCCGGCCCUCAAGUACGUCAGCAACUUCUGUGCGGCCGGCUGCCGGGGCCGGCUCUACCUGGUGGGCUCCAGCGCCUGCAAGUACAACGCGCUGGCCCUGCAGUGCUACAACCCCGUCACAGAUGCGUGGAGUGUGAUCGCCUCGCCCUUCCUGCCCAAGUACCUGUCCUCGCCCCGCUGUGCCGCGCUGCAGGGGGGGCUGUACCUCAUCGGUGACAACACCAAGAAGGUCUACGUGUACGACCCGGGGGCCAACCUGUGGCAGAAGGUGCAGUCCCAACACAGCCUGCAUGAGAAUGGUGCGCUGGUGCCUCUGGGUGAUGCCCUGUACGUGACAGGUGGCCGCUGGCAGGGCAUGGAUGGCGACUACCGUGUGGAGAUGGAGGCCUACGACACGGUGCGGGACUCCUGGACGCGCCACGGGGCCCUGCCCCGCCUCUGGCUCUACCACAGUGCCUCCAGCAUCUUCCUGGACGUCUCCAAGUGGACACGGCCCUUCAGCCCAGCCCAGGAGCACUAGGUGGGGAGCAGCUGGCGGGGCAUCCCCAUCAGGUCC